AUGAGAAGUACAAUUAAAGCUUUACCAUAAAUUAACAAUAGACCGUCUAUUGAUGAUGAAGAUUCUUAUCCUGGAAGAUUGCAUACUAUAUAGAGAAAGUUGAAAUUUGGAAGCAAUACUUAUAUUAUAAGUAACAAUACUACUGUUUCAGAAUCUUUAAAUAAAAAGCAGAAAUAAGCUCCUGUGAGUGAGUCAUAGUUAUUACGUUAAAUAGAUUCAAAACUAGAAAUGCAUAAAAAAGAUAUUGAACAUAGAAAUGAUAUGAUUGUAUCAAUUGAAAAAGGAUUUGAAUCAAUGAAAUAAGAGUUAGUUAAAGAAAAAAUAUAAAAUGAAGAGAAAUCUAAAUAACUUCAAGAAUUAUAAGCUAGUUAUUAAGCAAUAUAAUUAAGACUUAAAUAAGCAGGAGAUUCAUCUAAAUAUAAUUUAUAAGCAGAAAAAGAUAGAGAAAAAAUUAAUUCGUUAGAAAUUAGUAUUAAAUAGUCAUAAGCAAAUUAAUAAGAGUUAUUAUAAUAAAUAGAAUAACUAAACUUAUAGAUAUCUUAAUAUUAGGAAAAGUUAAAAAGUAAAGAAGAAAGUAAUGAAGAAUUUAGAAGAUUAAAAGAUUAGUUGCAUAAAGCUGAAGUAUUAAUUGUUCUUAAUAAAUAAGGAUAUGCAAAAUAAAAUGGAACAUUAAAUUACUGAUAUUUAAAAAAGUAUAGAUAAGGAAGUUACUGAUAAAAAUAAUAUUAAGAAAUAAUAUGAUUAAUAUAAGAAUGAUAGUUAAUUGAAAGAGUAGAAUUUAAACAAAGAAAUUUCAGCUUCUUUGAUAUAAAUUAAAUAACUAGAGUAAGAAAAAAUUACUAUCAUUGAGAACUUAAAAAAAUCUAAAGAUUAAAAUGAUUAAAACAGUAAAUUAAAUGAAUAAUUGUUAAGUUUGAAAUUAUAACUUUCUGAAUUAUAAAAAACAAAAGAUGUAUGAUUAUUAAGUUAUGUAGAAAGAAAUUAGUUCAUUAAGAUAAAAAAUUGAUGAAUAAUCAAAAAAUUCUAUUGAAUUAAAUAAUCAACUUGAAAAAUUAAAGCAAAAAUAAUAAGAAAUAUAGUAAUAGUUAUAAGACAAAUUAUAAUAGUUAGAAUCAUUGAAAAAUUAAAAAUAAUUAUUAGACUAAUAAAAUUAGAAUAACUAAUCUGAAAUUCAUAGCUUGAAUACUCAAUUAGAUGCUUUAAAGGAAUAAUUAUCUAAACCAAAAAAUACAAAAUAAAUUACAGAUACAAUUUUAUAAUUAGAAAAAACUGAUGUAUAUAUAUAUUAUUUAAUAUAAAUAGAAAGAUAUAUAGAAGAAUUUAACUUGUACAUUUUGUAAUAAAUUUAUAAAGCAACCUGUUACAAUCAUUCCAUGUGGACAUUCAUAUUGUUUUGAAUGCAAGAAAGGAUACAAUAAAGAGUGUUUUAAAUGUGGACCGAAAUUAAAAAUUGAAGCAAUGUAUAGGAAUGAAUUACUUGAUGAUAUUAUCGCAAUGGUGAAAUUAAUUGAAUAAAGUAUCAACAGCAUGAAAUAAGUUACUAAAUAAUGAUAGUACAUA